GUCCGCUCUCACACCAUUCCUGCUUAGCUAUGUCUUGUGUAGUCGGUGACGCUCAGUCGUCAUCCGGCGUCCGCUCUCCAUUGAUUUACACCGCUUGAACCGCAGGAAAGAUUUGCCCAGCUGCACGGUCCGGCCGCCCAACCGCAACCCAGAAGUCCGCGGUUUAUAUCGGUGAGCUUCCGUCUAGUGACCCACGUCUCUUAUCCCCCACUCUUGACCACCAUGCUCCCGCCAGACAGUACGAUACUUGUGACUGGUGGCAAUGGCUUCAUCGGAGGCAAUAUGGCCCACCGGCUUGCUGCAAGCGGUCGACACAGAAUUCGUAUCGCCGACAUCUCCCGCACAGGGUAUCUCGAACCACCGGCAGGUGCAGAGGUCACGAUAGGAAAUCUUUGCGAGCCUGCCUUUUGCGAGACCGCGGUGCGAGGUGUGAAGGUCGUUCUCCACUUCGCCGCUACGAUGGGGGGAAUGGGAGUCAUCCACGCGGCCAACGACUUCACAAUAUACCAAGAAAAUCAUCGUAUGACCCUCAACUUGCUUGCGGCCGCUGUGUCCGAAGGCGUCGACUUGUUCUUCUACGCAUCUUCAGCCUGCGUCUAUCCAGACUCCCUGCAGGGCCCCGACAACGAGGACGUCUCCCUGAAGGAGGACGACGUUUGCACGCAGUGGCCGCCGAGUCCACAGGGGCUCUACGGGCUUGAGAAGCUCAAUACCGAAAGCAUCCUCUCCCAGUACAGUUCGCGCCUCAAUAUUCGCACCGCUCGCUUUCAUAAUAUUUACGGACCAGGCGGUUCUUGGGUCGGUGGUCGGGAAAAGGCACCCGCUGCCUUCCUCCGGAAGGCUCUGGCUCUCAAGCGUACCGACGCAUCGUUGAAGGACCUGGAGAUUUGGGCCAUCCUCGCACUCAUCCAGUCGGACUGCCGGGAGGUUGUCAACAUCGGAGACGACCGUUCGGUCACCAUCCGAGAGCUCGCGGACAUCGCAGUGCACUGUGCCGGCAUCAAUCACGCCGAUGUACGCUAUCACUACGUGCGCGACAAGCCGGUCGGCGUUGCGUCUCGGAACUCGAAUAACGACCGAGUACGGCGGCUCUUGGGUUGGUCUCCGAGGACCACACUCGAGGAGGGGAUGCGACGCACUGGGGAGUGGAUCGCCGACGAGAUGGACAAGGCGCUUCGCCGGCUCAAGCAGCCUGCGCGAUCGGACGCGCUUCGCCGGUAUACAACGAGCCAGAAGGUCGACCUUCAGGCAGACGCGACUACCUUCGCCAUCCUUCUACCGAUUACGUCCCGGGGUUCUGCGUCGCCAGACGACUGCCUGGUCAACCUCGCGCGUUUUGCGAGGUCCCUUGCACUCACUACCGCAGACGAUGUGGCUAGACUGGGCGUACGGUACCGCGUGCGCAUCUAUCUGCAAUUGACCAUGAUGACACAAAACAAGGCCGAGCAAGUCCUGCGUCAGGAAGGUUUUGCGCAUAUUUCGACCAUCAUGUGCGAUCAUCCCCACUGCGCUCGCGCAGCCUGGAGAGACGGUGCGGAUUACAUGACCUUGAUGGGUGAUGAUGUCGUCUUGCAAGAUCCUCCUGGAUGUCAUCCCGACAUCUUCGUGAACCAGGACGGAGACCCGUUCCUCUUCCAACUGUACCGCCGCUGGGGCUGCUCGCGGAUGAUCUCACCUCGCGUAUCCAAUGCAGUUGGAGGUAGCGACAGCGCGAGGUACCGCAAGGUAUCGGCUGUCGGCUGGACAUUCGGCCCCCUCGAUAAUGCGACCACUACCGUUGAGUCAUGGCUCCGCGAGUAUCACCCCCAUGUCGAGCGGAAGCUGACCGUGGACGUUGUGAUCCCCUGCUAUCGAGUAAAUCUCGCCUAUAUGGACAAGUUCCUAGCUCUUCGCCCGUCCCCGACCUGCACAGUGAUGUUCAUAGUCAUUGUCGAUGACCCCUGUUCGCCCAACAUCGCAGCCUUGAUGGAGAAAUACGCACACCGCCCAGACGUCCGCAUUCGCGUCAAUACUCAGAACCUGGGCGCUUCCGCGUCGCGCAACAGAGGGUUACAGGAAUCCGCGGCGGAAUGGGUGCUCUUCUUGGACGACGACGUCGCUCCGAAAGACAACAUCCUGGUGGAGACGGAGAAAGUCAUUCGUGAAAACCCCAGAGCGGCGGGAUUCGUUGGUACCGCUCUCUUCCCCAUCGCCGACACUAUCGUAACGGCGGCUAUCCAUUUGGCGGGCGUUACUUACUUUUGGGAUAUUGCGAGAAAGCGCGCCGACGAUUGUGAUCUUCCAUGGGGCGUCACCGCAAAUCUCAUUGCGAAACGCAACAUGGAGGACAACAUCGAAGCGCGAUUCUCGUUUGCCCACGGCGGCGUCGGCUUCUGUGCGGCACCGGAGGUUGUGGUCACCCACCCAUGGUGGAACAAAGGUCAGAGAUCCUGGUGGAGGUUCUAUAUGUGGGGCAAGGGUGACGGAGCCCUCGUCGCCAUGUACCCGCAGUUCACGUACCGAGAAGCAGCGCCAAACAGCGCGGAGCUGCUUGUCCUCUGUGCGGUCUUGACGGUCGGUGGUUGCGCCACGUCCCUGCUGUUGUGCGGAGCAACGACAGCGGCGCUCCAGAUUGCCCUGAACGGCAGUCCCAACGUCCUGCAUGACCUAUACCGUCAUGGUUGGAGGAAUGCGGACAGAACUGCAGCGCUCAACAUGUCCGUUGGUGGAUGGCGGCUCACGUUCAUCCGGAUGUUCAGCGAGUACGGCCGCCUGGUCGGCGUACUGGAACGGCGAGAGUACGGAGCGAUCGGGACGGCGUUCGAUUGGUUCACCAACCGCGCGGGAGACGGACCAAGAAGAGAGGAGAACAUGAACCGCCUCCAGAGGGUCGCGAUUUGGGUCUUGAUUCUAGCCAUGUUAUAUGUAGCAUAAGAAGCGUAGACAGUAUGUCCGAGUAGGAGUCGAUGUGCAGUUGGAGGUUCUGGUGUGCGUACGCG